AUGUCGUCGCAGAAAAUCGAUACUCACCAGCCAUCAAUUCAGUUCUCUCGCCAUGGACAGUUCUUUCAACUUCGGACGCCCAUUCGGUGGAUUGUAGUUGUGCCGCCUAAACUUGUGGAUGAGAUUCGUACCGCACCCCCAACGCAUUUGAGUGCUAAAGAGUCGGCAAACGAUGUGCUUCAAACUAGAUACACAGUGUCCCCAAUCGUCGAGGCAGAGAAAUUUCAUUUCCACAUUGUCAAGACACAUCUCACGCCCAACCUGGAGAACAAAAUCGAUGAUAUUCGCGACGAAAUCAAAUUGUCGUUUGGUGACGAGAUAGGAAACCCAACCGAUUGGACGGCGGUCGUGAUGUCUAGAGCAGCUCAUCGGAUCGCAACCCGAACUGCCAAUAGACUACUCGUCGGGGCACCGUUGUGUCGGAAUGAGGAGUAUCUCGAUAUGUCCAUCAAGUAUACGAUAGAUGUAUUUGGAGGAGCUGACAAGCUUCGCGCGUGGCCUAAGUUCCUUCGUUCAACAGUCACACAGUUUGUGACCAACGUCAAGGAACGGCAGCGGGUAGCUCGAAAACAUCUCAUCCCGUACAUCAAAGCUCGAUUACAGGAAGAAAGUGAUGGAUUUAUCGAGAAGCCUCCUGUUGAUUCCCUUCAAUGGGUCAUGGACGCGGCACCAAAUUCCGGCGAAAGAGACCCAGAGCGGCUGAUGUUUCGUCUAUUGCACUUGAAUGUGGCGGCAGUGCAUACAACCAGUGUCACUUAUCUCAACGCCAUGUUGGAUUUGGCCUUCCAUACUGAAAUUCAUGAAGAGCUGCGAACCGAGAUUGAUAGCGCAGUCCAGGAGCACGGAUGGUCGGGGCGAGCAUUGAGUCAAAUGCGGAAGCUCGACAGCUUUUUGACUGAAAGCCAGAGGCUUUCACCUCUUGCCAGCUCCCAACUGACUCGCGCGGUGAUACAAGACUUUACAUUCUCUGACGGCACCACAGUCCCUAAAGGCUCCUACGUCCUGGCACCAAUGUAUGCGAUGUAUUUGGAUAACGAUAUCUAUCACGAUGCAUCGACCUUUGAUGCGUUCCGCUUUUCUAAGCUUCGAGAGCAGCCCGGCCACGAAAAUCGACACCAGUUUGUGACUACAUCUCCGACACACAUCAACUUUGGACAUGGCAAGCAUGCAUGUCCUGGACGCUUCUUUGCAGCACAGGAGAUAAAACUAUUGUUGGCUCAUGCUUUGCAGGAAUAUGAUAUACGACUUGAAGAUCCAACUACGCUGCCUGAGGGUUCUUGGUUUGAUCGUUCUCGAAAGCCUAACCAAACCGCGCGUGUUCUUUUCCGCGGUCGUUAA